AUGAUUGAUGCAUAUAGAAAAACUAAUGUUGAUAUUUUAUUGAACAGCUUUGAAAAACCCGUUGAGUUAGAGGCAUGCUCGUUGCUGCAAGUGAUUUCCAGUGAUGUUACUGUGGAGUCCCUCUCAAAGGCAGGCUUAUCUAGACCGCAAAUGCCUUCAAAGAAGCAGUCUCACGUCGACGAACGUCCUCCGUUAACUAGGGUCAGCGAAAUCGACGAUGACUUAUUAAAGGCAGACCCAAUCGCAGACGAAGACCCCGCACACGGCGAUUCUGACGCAAUUUCUCACCAGUACACUCCUUCUCUAAAUGCGCGGCGCGUCUCCUCUAUAAAUCGUAUGCGGAGGAACAGUGGAACGCCCGGAAUAAGCGCUUCCAUGGCCUCGGAAAUUGCGACAGCAGCUUUGAGUACAGAACGAUGUCCUUGGUGUCAGGGUGUUCUGGAGUCCCAUGAUGAAGCAACCAUUGGCCUCGGUAUAGCCUGUUUGGCUACCUUUGUGCACAGAGAGCCUAGUAUGGCUGCACCCUACCUGAUUGAUAUGCUUUCGACCGCUUCACGGAUAGCUACAUCAACGCCAUAUUCAUGGCAGAAAUCAUUGUAA